AUAUUGCAAUCAUCAUUACUGGUAAGUACACAACAGUAACGGGUAUGAGGCUGCUAAAAUACAGGAAACUUAAUACAGGAGGGCGACAGAAAAAGGGCAAAAUAUGUGCACUUGGGAACAACGUACACUGUGCAUUAUGUCCUUUUUUAAGCGGAAGUGCGGGAAUUGGAACACAGCAACUGUCAAAAUAUGCACCCUUCAUGGGACACAGCUAAACUAUUUUUUUACUCACGCUUAUAAUAUUAUUAAAAACACAACUUUUAUUCUUACUUAAUUAUAAAAAUGCAAGUCUCUAAACAGUAUAUUCAAAGCGAAUCAACUCAAGUAACAGGAGUAGCAUUGCAGCUUCUCUGAACACUUUACGAUCAUCAUCGAGCCCCCGUUGCCGCCUCCCUAUUUUGAACCGGAAGUGUCAGUCGACGUUCAACAAAAAAAUGCGACAAAAAAAGUAAUGAUUUCAUAUAUGAUGUCACGUUUAAGGUAAUGACGUUAUUGUGACGUGACGACAUCGGCCGUACGAAAGCACUAAUUUACCGUUAACGUCACACAUGAAAGCUUUGCGUGCAACACACGUAGAGUGCUUGUAAUUACUCAAGAAAGACACCGGAUCUGAAUUCCAGCAGGUAAAUUGCUGCUUAAUAGUCCAUUUUUACGAUAACUACUAUUUGCUCCAUCAUUAGAAAUUCUGAUUAGCACGAAAACACUCCCACGGCCAGAUUACAAUUGUAAGUAUGUAAUUGUACUGAAGGACUGAUACUCCGCAAAGUUCAGUAUAAAAUACUAAUAUUCCUACGUGAUUUACCAGAUCGUUUUUUACUGACUCUUCGUAAGAAUGUGGAGUUUCUAACUUCCCAGUGCAACUAAAUGCAGCAUUUUUACAAAGGGUGGGGGGAUACUGCAAAUUGUAUAUCAAUCAGAUACCAAGUAAAUACUGGAAUACCAAUACCGGUCAUUUUUCAAAAUCUUUGAACGAUUUGGAGAUUUUGCCUUUUAAUUGUUGUUGGGUUAAAAUCCGAAUAAAACGCAGGACAUUUACGUGAGAAAUUUGGUAUCGCCAGUAUUGACCCUGAAUUUAGCUGCUAUCUGGUUGAUUCGACGAAGAUCAUUUGGCCCGAUGUUAACCAGUGACAUGCUAACAAUAAGGCAUCACGGUAACAGUGUGUCCCACGUCCUUCUUGCAGAUGACAGAUCCACAGGAACCAGAACAUGAGGCUGCUGGACUGUCCAAUCAGAAGAAAGUCAUCAUCUUCAGCAGCGGUGAAUCUUUGACUGACCGAGACAGUGACGACGAGGAGGAAGAAGAAGAACAGGAGGAAGAGGAGUCAUCAAAUGAAGAGGCUGCAGGGAUGUUCUCAGUCAGGAGCCUGGUUCAGCUAAUAGGAAGGCUGUCAUUAAUGACUUGCGAUUUUAUUGGGGGGAGACUAAGCUGCGCUCUCGGACUGAAUGCUUCCAAAUUCCAGUAUGCGAUAGACGGAUGUCAUCGUGAACUUGAGACCACGACAAGGCAAAGCGCAGAAGACCACACGGAAGAGGAGAAGGCGACCCCCGUCUCUCCAAGCACGAGAAGUGUUUUUCAUGAGGCGACAGGAGAUUGCUGCUGCUCUGAUGUCAGCCAAACCUGUGACGACACGGACAUGGCGGCCAUGUGAACGGAUGUUAUCAUUAGAUAUCGAAUUGAUACAGUAAAUCGGGUGUCCAAAAGUGCGGCUUGUUAUUUGUCAGCAUGCGGCAUGUUUGAAAAAUACAAUUAAACAAAGAAAACAAAAAAAAGCAAAAAGGCGUAAUGGAAAAAAGGUGAAAUGUUAAUACCAAUGUUUAAUCACCUAUAAUACAAAGCUGACAUGCUGGCUGUUUGUUCUUGAAUUAUAUAUAACAAUUUAGCCUGUUUAAAAAUAACAAAUAUAAAAAUGGCCCCCCGCACGUGUUGAUUUUCAAAUAAGUUCGGAUGUCUUCAACUCCUUUUCAGGCAUGUUGACUUGUGUAAAAGCAAACUGGUCAUGUACUUCAAUGUAAUUUGUUCACAUGUUCGG